UCUGACAGGUCGUUGAAAGCGGCCCCACUGGUUGCUGGCACAGCGCCUGGCGUAGGGACCCCGCGGUGACGGGGACGCGGAGCAGCAUUUGCCACUACCGGCGCAAGGACCCCGCGGCGUCAGGGACCCGGAGCCACCGGCUGCUGAUACAGGUUUUUUCAGUAAACUCAGUUGCUGGAAGAUGGCUAAUCAGGAGUGCCUCCCUACUGUCAGAUGCUUCCACAUCCACAGUCUCCCUCAGAGUCAGCAGAGAUACCUUUGUUAUACCUGCCCUGGCCCACAUAACUUCAAUCUCUGUGUUACCAAUGUUGUGGAUGUUUGGAGCACAGCUUUCAGCCAGCAAAAGCUGGAGGAGCAUAUGUCUGCACAUGGGAUAAUAACCGUUGAAGAAUACCAUACAAAAACCAGAGAAGCUUUCCUGAAGGCUGCAGUCAGCCUCACCAUCCUGGACAACACAAUCAUACUCAAACUUAACCAGGAUGACCAGGACCUCACCUUUGACCUCUACAAGUUGCCCAUUUCUGAGGCGAAAACAGAGCUUCAGUCUGUGAUGUUCCAUUUGGUGGAUCAAGUGCAUGACCUGCAAAAGCAAGUAAAAGCAUUUGAAGAAAGCACUGCCUUAAACCUGGGGAAGAUGAUGCAGAGAACUCAAAGGAUGUUCCUAACAGCCGAAUUUGAUUCCAAGAUGAAGAACAACGAACCUGGAUCUUCACCAGUGGCCAGGAAGAGACUUGUAGGAGAGUCCCUGAUAAAUCCGGGCAGGAAGAGGACUAAAGCUCCCACUGGAGUGAGCUUUGAAGACAACAGCCUUGAUGAGAAUGAAUGAAGCUCCCACUGAGUUCAAAAUGAAUUGGAUUCAAAAUGAAUUGGAUGGAGAUAUUUAUUAUUAAGUGUACUCUACCAUAACUUAUUUUUAUUAUUUCAUACAAUGAUCUUGACUUAAAGAGAAAUACUGCCUGUGCUUGUUUAACAAUACAUGAUGGGCUAUUUUAUAAGGAAUUUUAAAUUAACAGUCGAAAGCUUAAAUUAUUUUUUCACAGCAUGCAGUUGCUCUGUUCUAUAAGCAUGGGAGACAGAUUCACACAGGGGUUUGAGGUAAGUUUUGUCAAUAGCGAAAAAUAGGUGGUACUGGAUGACAGGGCUGGUGGAGCAGUGGGAGUGGGAGAGCAAGAGGUGGGGGGGG